AUGUUAGGAGUUGAAAUUAGGAAAAAGUAUGAUAUUUUGGAGAAAAAGACCACUUAAAGCAUGCAUUCUUCUAUUUACAGAGGGAUGAAUAAGUAAAAUGCAGAAAUCGUUGCUUUAAAAGAGUACAAUGUCAUUCCUGCAGAGGAUCUUUAGCAAAUAAUUUAGGAAAUAAGUAAGGAGAGUAGAGUUUAGGAUGAAUUUGUAUCAGGUUUGAAUGAUUAUUUUGUAUCUGAUGGUAAAUUAUAUUUAAUAUCCUAGUAUUUCAGUGAAGGUUCUGUUUAUGAUUUAAUCCAGAACAUAGGACCUAUUUCAGAAGAAAAUAUUUGCAUUAUUAUUAAACAAGCUCUCAUGGGCUUGAAGUAUUUACAUAAAAACAACAGGCUACACAAAAAUAUAAAAAGUUCUAAUAUUAUGCUUUAAAGUGAUGGAAUAGUAAAAUUAUGUGAUUUCUCAACAAGCAAAAAAUUAACAGAAAUACUAUCUCAGUGUAGAAAUUAUUCCUACUGGUAAUCCCCAGAGACCAUAAUAGACUAGCACUUUAAUGAAAAAAGUGAUAUUUGGUCAAUAGGAAUAACAGCUAUAGAAAUGGCUAAAGGAGAACCUCCAUAUUUUAAUUUACCUCCUAAAAAAGCAUAAUUUUUAACAGUUUAAGAAGAACCUCAAAUAGAUUCGUCUUUUUCUCCACAAUUUUAAGAGUUUCUUAAAAUGUGCUUAGAAAAAAACCCUGAAGAAAGAGCAUCAGUAGGAGAUUUACUUCUGAGUAACUUUAUAUAAAGAGCUAAGAAGCCCUAAUAUUUGCUUGAACUAUUUGAAUAAAGUUACAAUAGCAAGAUGUAUAACAGUUAAAAUGGAGGAUCUUCGAAUAAUAGCUCUUUUAAUUCUUUAAAUAACAAUACUUAUUUAAAUCCAAUGCAUAGAAGAAUGUAAACAACAUUUAAAAUCGUAAACUAAGGCGUUAUUCCAGAUUUUAGUAUCGAUAACUAGUCUAUUGACUUAAACAAAGUUAAUAAUCAUACAAAUUAAGAAAAGAAGAAUGUUUAAUUACAUAAUUCUGUUCCAAAUCCUUUCUCUGAACCUCAUAAUUAAUAAAAUCAAGCUAUCAUGAAUCAUCCCCUUAAAUAAAGCAAUAGCAUUAUACCUCCAAAAUGUGCUUUCCUGACAAUGAGGAGAUCCAUAAGAAAAAUUGAAAAACUAUCUCCAGGACUUACUAAAGAAAUAAUUAUGGCAAUAAUAAAUGAAUAUAAGAAGACAGGAGCCAACGACUUUUCAAUCUUUUUUGAGUAAUGA